GGGAAAAAAUGAAACACUAUCUGAUAAUAGUUAAACAAAUGUACAUUUAAACAAGUUUGUAUAUUUUGAGGAUUUUUUAAAUAGCAAAAUGUAAUUGUUGCCAUAUGGCAACAAAAUGCGAUAAUGGAACUGUGGUAUGUGCGUUGAUGAAUUGAAACAGACCUACAUAGCAAAAAAGACACUAGGCUUCUCUAAUAGUAUAUUUACAUUUUUCACAUUCAAAGUAAGUACAAUUCUUGAUAUUUUUGAGUGAGGAAAUCCAUCUUCAUAUGUUUUACAACUGUAAUUCCUUUCUAGAAGAUAUAAUUAUAAUUUUUUAUUUAUUUAUUUAUUAUUUUUUAGAAGAUAUAACAUGCUUACUAGGUGGCAAAAAACAUGCUGCAACUUAUAUAUAAUGCAUAAAUUGGAAUUAUAUUUUUGACUAUAUGGUACUUUCCAUACUGUUGCAACAAUUUACCAAUUACCCUACCCUAAUUUUUUUUUUUUUGUUUUUUUUUUUGUCGAUAUUUUUUUUUUAAUUACUUGAACUAAUUCCAUUAAAGCAUUUUAAAAAACAACAUUUGUUUGAUGUAAAUGUAAUAAUUCAUGCAGUAGCGGGUUAACUAUCUUCUAUUGAAUGUGUUUUCAUACAUCAAGAAUGCUUUGCACUUUGAAGAGCUUUUUGCCCUGCAGAUAAUGAGACACUGCACAUCUCUAAUGCCCACCAGUCAGACGCAGGAGAGUAUUACUGCACUGCUGAAAACAACAUAGGUCAGGAUAGAAGAAAGACCACCAUAACAGUUUUCUCUGGUAAAUGAAUUCUGUUACUGAAAAAAAAAAUUGCACAUAAAUAGGGAAAUAUCUUUGUUAUCGUGAUCUAACUGAUUUAAUCUUCUAACUUGAAGCUGAUCCUGAGGAUGAUUUAUUAUCUACCGUAAGUAGCAUACGGAAGUCAGUGUUGUGAUCCCAUCCCAUUGUAACCUCUUUGUUUGUCCUGUUCAUAUACUGUAAAAAGCAUCCCACACCAUCAUUCGAAUGUUUCAUUGGUUCUAUGUACUCUACAAUGCUGAAGGAUGAAAUGUAUUUCUUUUGAGUGAAUACUCUAGGUUUGUUUUAUUGACAAAUAUUUUAGAUCAAAGAAAUCAAGCCAGAAGAACCUACAAAUCCUGCCGGCUAUAAGAAUUUAAAAUCUCCUAAAGAUACUUACCUGAAGAACUCACCAACACAUUCUAUCAGUGUUCCUACCCCAUUUGACUCCUAUACUUCCUUCACUGAUCAUGACAGCAUGAACACAGGAGAAAAACAGAAUUACAAAGUCCUCCUAAGAACCCAAGGGCCACAGCCUAUCUUCCCUUACUCCAAACCAAUAGAAACACGUACAGAAAAAAGACAUGCAUUUGUUACUCCAACUAAUCUAAUCACCCAGCAUCCAGAUCAGCCACUGUUGCACCCAAGCCACAUAGAACCUGAGUCCUUGUCUGCACACAACCAAACCUUCAAGCAAAUUUUUCUUCAAGGACUUUCUGACCAGCACACAAGCUCACAGCAAGACCCCUCCUCUCCCAGCUCAGUGGUUCAGGCCCUUGAACUAACCCAGACCUCUGGGUUCACAUUGUAUAAUAUGAACAGUAUUAGCAGUACAACUCCUGUAGAGGUCCACCAGUACUGGAGUCAGCCUGCUGAGCAACUUACAGCCACCAAGGCAUCACAGGCAAAUAAUACUGAAUUGGUUGAAAUGUUUAAUAAAAACACCUCAAAGGCCCCCAUGAGGACUACAGACAACAAUGCCAGGGAGAAGAGGAAGUCACAGAGUUGGCUGCCUAUGCUUGAAAAACAUGACAUUCCAAUUGUGGUAGGGGUGGGAGUUUCCUUGGCAUUUAUUUUCAUAACCAUGGCUUUCUAUUCUUUGUUUCGGAAAAAUGACCCUGCAGCCAUAACUAAAGGGCGAGCAGCUCUCAGAGGCCUUGGCGGGCCUUGCAGGCACGGUGAACGUCUUGCAAUUGAAAGAACAUAUGAUAAUAAAGCUUUUGAGGAUGACAACAUGGUUGCUGUUAUUGAGCAAAGCCCAAACACUUCUGAGAUGAGAGCCCAUCCUCCGCCUUCCAGUCCAUCCACAUUGCUAAUGGAAUCAUGUUAUGAUGACACACAAGAGGAAGUCCAGCCAAGUCAAGACAUGCCGGUGAUAGUGGAAACACACCUAGAGCCCUCUGAGGAGGAGCAGGCCAGUGGUCAUUCUCAGCCAAAAUCACAGCUUAGAUUUUUAUUACAGAUGAUGGUCAGCAUUCAACAAAUGUUGUUGUAUCAGAUGAGUAAUGUUAUAACUUCUUUACUUCAGUUAGAGACAUCGUUUGAGGAAGGCAAAGUCACGCCCUCUCUCCCACCUGACAUCCAGCUUCAGUGUAUGGAGGACUGGAGGAGCCAGGAUUUGGGACAGUGCCAAAGGGAUGCCCCUUCACCACCCCAUUCCAACCCUUUGGGCACUCAGGAAGAAGUUCUCCGCUCUUCUCUGACCUUGCAGACCAGCGAUUCCUCCUCCACUCCAGUACACCACAGCAUCAGCUUCUCCCAUGCCUCCUGUCCUCUCAUGCUGUCCCAUUGUGUCACCUUGGGCAUGACCUCCGUGGCCGUUGAUGUGCACUUCUACCCUUCUAACCCUACGCAGUAUGGGCCUCUGAGACCUCAAAGCAAUUCCCGGCAUGAGCAUGAUCAAAACGCUCUGUCUACCCACCAUGGCAAAUGAAUCAUGGAAAGAAAAAUAACUUCUGCCAGGGCUUAUGCUUACUUGAAUGUUCAUUGAAGAUAAACAAAGACAUGUCCCACACAGUGUCAGAGGGAUUGAUGUUAUUAAGCUUUCUUUUUGUCUGAUUUAUAAGGUGCUGAUGGUUUGCUUAUUGUUUCUGCUUUUAUAAUUCUCAUAUUCUACUUUCCUGGUUAUAGUACGAGUACAUAAUUAAUUCUUUUAAAAAUCAAACAUAAAACAAAUUAUGUCUAUCAAAUGCCAAAAUUAUUAUUAUUACUUAAUAAAAAAAAUAAUAAAAAAAAAUAAAGGCUGUGUAUAUGUAUACGUAAUUUAGAAAUGACAACAAAUUAUGUGAAUUAACAAUAAUGUUUCAUCAAAUUUAAUUGCAGCGCAUUUACUUCAUAUUAUUAUAGUAACAGAUAUUUCUUGUAUUUCUUACUAGCUGCAUUGGUUUGCAGUUAUACUGUUAUAAAUGAAAGGUGCAUGAAUGAAUGAUUUAGCAUUAAGAUUUUUCUAGUGCAAAUCAACAUGACUGUUACAUUUACAUAACCAAAGGUUGUGCUACCUUUCCACUGAACAAAUCAGAUUUAUGUUAAUAUCAGUAUAACAAUCAAAAUAUGAUGUACAUUCAAAACACAUUGUGUUUUCAUUAUGAAUAGUUAAUAUAACAUUUAAUAAAACUCUAUGUUGAUGUUGUAUUUGUUCAUCUUUUGCUUACCAAUUAGAAACAGGCUUCUGAAUGAAAUUUCAAUGGGUGGGAAACAUUUCACAGAAGAAAUAAUUUUC